GGGCACUUCCCCCCGUCAAUUGUGAACUACAUCCGCCUACCAGGCUCCAACAAACAAUAGCAUAGCAGUAGAGCCUUGGCCAUAUCUUGAAAGGCAGGCUUGUAUUUGUUUUCCAAUAUUCUCCUUUCUUAAGUUUCUUUCCCGCCGGCGGCGGCAGAUAUCUCUUAGGAACAAUGACAUCAGAUGGGGCAAGGUUAGGAGACAAGUUGAUACUAAGAGGGUUAAUGUUCCAUGGUUAUCAUGGAGUGAAGCAGGAGGAAAAGAAACUGGGUCAGAAGUUCAAGAUAGAUGUAGAUGCUUGGAUGGAUCUUCGAACGCCUGGUCACACUGACAACAUGUCUGAUACAGUCAGUUACACAGACAUCUAUCGCAUUGCGAAAAAUAUCGUAGAAGGUCCUUCUCAGAAUCUAUUAGAAUCGGUGGCUCAACUUAUUGCAACUACAACGUUGAACAAUCACUCACAGAUAUCCGCUGUACGUGUGGUAGUUGGAAAGCCUCAUGUGGCGGUUCCUGGACCUCUUGACUAUUUAGGAGUGGAGAUUAUCAGAUAUAGAAGCACCGAUAUGCCGAUAUAAAGUGCUUCUCUUUAGACCUUAGUGUAUAAACAUAAUGUCCAAUGGUGUUAUGCUACCUUUUUUUCUGAAAUUGUUCUACAACUUGUUUUUCUUUUAGUUGGCCAUGGGUUCUAACAUUAUUUGAUGCAGAAAUUUGAUAGUUUGCUCAUCUGGUUAAUGUAAUAUUACACUAUAUAAGAUUUUCAUUAUCAUAUAAUUUUGCAAAA